AAUAUGCUGUACUGAAGGCUUCUUUAUGUGUGGCGUCUUAGUUCCUCUUCUCCUUAGCCUCAUGUUCAUAAAUUGGCAACGCCUUCUGUGUUGCGUAGGUAUUUCGAAAAUGUUAUGAACCAGCACCGAAGUAAUAGUCUGCAGUGCAACGUACCAUUACAGUCGAGUCUUACUAUAUUAUUAUAUAUGUAGAUAGCUUAAACAACAUAUUAGAUUACAUGUUUUUCGUGAAUCGUGAUACAUUAAUUUGCUAGACCUUGAGUGUUCGAGUACUAGCGCUUAAUGUAAAAUAUAUUUUACCAGUUCCGUGAUAAGUGAUCAUAUUGUAUGAUCAUCAUAAUAUAGUCAUUGAAAAGACCCAAUAAUGUGUGCUCGGUGUUUUUAGAUCAUAUUGUGUCUUACAUAUUGUUAUCUAAGUUUUAAAUUAAUUAAAUUGUUAGUGUUUAUUAUAUAUUACUAUACCUUAAAGGUAAACUGGCGCUUCUAAUAAAAUAUAAAUUGUAUGUGUUCUAAAAUUCGUGAUUUCAUUGCACUAUCAGCAUCAAUUACGUAUUAGUAUCAUAUGUGUUCAUAAUAUACUAUAAUAUAAUAUUUUACUACAGUUUUAUGGUUAUUAAUUUACGCUCUCUAUUAGCCAUGAAGGAGACUUAUUCCUGGUUGACAUAUUCAUGUUUAAUUUUUGGAACUGGAAUUUUGUGUGACAGAAAACUCGAAAGACGACAAGCUGGAUCAUCUUGCUCACUAACCACCGAGGAUUCGUUUAGUUGUUCAAAUGGUCAAUGUAUCGUAUGGUCGAACGUUUGUGAUGGUCGGAAGGAUUGCUCAGAUGGUUCAGACGAAAAUAAAGAGUUAUGUGCUCGAUACGAGUACAGAAUGAAUACAACAGAAUGUGGUAGAGAAUAUAUCACUGACAAUAAAUCAGUAUCGAACAUCAACGGUGAGAAAACACUUGUUGGAACAGUACCUUGGAAUGCUGCAAUAUAUCAAAAACAUACUUCCAAAUAUGACUUGACAUGUGGAGGAUCCAUAAUAUCUCCAAAUUUAGUGAUUUCUGCGGCUCAUUGUUAUUGGUACAAAGGGAUAAGGUCUAAGAUAUCAAUAGACGAUGAUUCAUAUAAAGUCGCUGUUGGAAAAUAUGAUAGAAAUUUCACAGUAAUUGACAAUGACUUCACUCAAAUAAUGAAGGUGGAAUUUAUUUACGUACAUGAAGAAUAUGUCGGAGGAUUUAUUCAGCAGUUUUAUGAUGUAGCUGUUAUUAAGUUAUUGAACAGAAUUACUUUUAGUAAUAUUGUGACACCUGUUUGUAUAGAUUGGAGUGGUAAAUACGAUGUACCGAACGGAACUCAAGGAAAGGUUGUUGGUUGGGGAAUUACGAAAGAACGAAAAAAAAGUCCUGUCUUGUUAGAAGAAUCUGUGCAAUACAUCGACCAAAGAUCUUGUCGAAAAAUUAAUAACGAUGUUAAAAAGUUGGUGACUGAUGAUAAGUUUUGUACCAGUUCUGCAUUGGGAGAGGGAGCAGUUACUGAAGGUUUUAGCGGUGCAGGAUUAAGCUUUAUAAUACACUACAACUCUUAUUAUUUAACCGGAAUAACAUGUUUCAAGAAAUCAUCAGUCCUAGGUUUUACAGAUAUUCGGUAUCAUAUUGAUUGGAUUCGAAACAUAUAUAUUAAAUAUUUGAACAAUGACAUACCAUUUUGUGUUUUACCAGUCGUUGAUGGAGUUAUAUAUUCUUACGAAAACUCAAAUGAAAUUUUAGCUCACGGGGCAAUAAUUGAUCAGUAUCGUACCGUAAUUGAGAACUGUGAUGUUGGAUAUCAUAAUGCUUAUCCCAAUGGUUUUAGGGUUUGCCGAGGAAAUGGAAAAUGGAUCUCAACUUCUGAGAAAUUGUGUGUUAAAAUGUGUCCACCUUUAUUAUCAGACAGUUUAGAUAUUAAAUGUACUCUUAAUGGUAAGUCUGUUAAUUGUUCAAAUCCAUCAAUACCCAAUACGAUAGCCUUACCAUCAUGUAAACCAACAUACAUUGCACCAAUUGGACUAGAAGAGACUCCGUUUGAAUUAAUUUGUCAGUCUAAUGGAACGUGGAACAAUCGACUUUAUAAAUGCAAACCAUAUUGCGGUAAAGUAUAUACUAACAGCCAUUUAUUAAUUGCCAAUGGUACGAAAGCUCAUUUUGGAACAGCGCCUUGGAAUGUUGGAAUAUAUCGAUUAAAUAAAGGCACUUCCAAUUAUGACUUGAUAUGUGGAGGAUCAAUAAUUUCUCCAAGUUUAGUGGUUUCUGCGGCUCAUUGUUUUUGGUACAAAGGGAUAUUGUCUAAUAAGAUAUCAAUAAACGAUGACUCAUAUAAAGUCGCUGUUGGAAAAUAUGACAGAAAUUUCACAGUAAUCGACAAUGACUUUACUAGAAUAAUGAAUGUGGAAAUUAUUUACCUAAAUGACAAUUAUUUUGGGGCUAAUGGUUACCAUGCUCAUGAUAUAGCUAUUGUCAGUUUAUCGAACAAAGUUUCUUUUAGUAAUGUCAUUGCACCUAUUUGUAUCGAUUGGAGUAGUCAAUACAAUGUGAAAAAUGGUGUUGAGGGAAAGAUUGUUGGAUGGGGAAGAACAGAAAUAGGUACAUUAAGUUCUAUUUUAUUAGAAACCUCUUUGCCGUACAUCGACCAUUAUACUUGUCGAGAUAUGUAUAGACAUGGAUUUCAAUUAUUUGUGACUCUUGAUAAGUUUUGUGCCGGUUCUGCAUUGGUUCCAGGACAAGACAUGGGCGAGGGUGAUAGUGGUUCAGGCUUAAUAUUUUUACACUCUCAGUCAUAUUUUUUAACCGGUAUAUUGAGUCUUAAGCAACAAUUCUCAAAUAACUCAAUCGCAGUUUUUACUGACGUUAAGAACCACGUUCAAUGGAUUCAUGAAAAGUACAAAAAACAUCAAUAAUUAUAAUAGUAUUAUGGUAAUUAUAUAAAAAUAAUUAAUUUAAUUAUAAUUGAAAUCAUUAUUAGUAUUAAUUGUUUUUAUUUUUCUCUAAAUAUUUUCAAACAUUCCUAACAUUGUUUUUUAAAAUUAAAUUGAAUAAUUAUGCAUUACAAUUUAUAGGUAGUAUUAAGUAUUAUAUAAAUUUAAUUUACAUAUUCGUAUGAAUAAAUCUAACAUUUUACAAUUAAAUGUUUUGAAGUUAAUCUUAUACUAUUCUAUUAUCUUAUCCCAGCCUAGUAGGUCGCUGAUCUAACAAUAAGCUAGUUAAUUUGAAGCUGAUGAACACAUUUUUUUAAACCAAAUUUUGAAUUUUUAUUAAGAUUCUAAAUAAUAGAUUGAAAAAUAUUUCCAUACUUGUCAUCCAUCAUAUUUGUCAUUGAUAAAAUAGAGAAACAUAAUUUUAUUUUUACUAAUAGUGGUUAUCCAAUAUUCAAAGACAUAUCAAAGGAUGAGUUCAUUAUAA